AUAAAAAAAGCAGGGAGCAGCCCAGCUCAUAAUAUAUAUAUAUAGCAGAUCCGCCGUCAAAUUUUCGCCGCCGAUAAGAAUAGCCGAGGAGGAUACUGCAGAACCGUAUUUAUAUCAUCAUAAUCAAACUCUCAAGAAUGAAAUGGCUUUAAAUCUACGAAAACACACUUCUAUAAUUUACCCUAAACACCUCAUAUACGAUGUCUUACACUCUCACUUCUCCCCCGCCGAGAGACAGACCACCGUACGACGACGUUUCACAGGACCUGAGAAACAGCAAUUGCUUCACGGUAGCUCUCUGCCCUUGUCUGGUUUGCUUCAUUCUCCUCAUUAUUGUACUUUCCGUGCUCCUUAUUGUCAAAUUUCAUGUAUUUUGUCACACCCCCCUUCACUCGAUAUUCUUCAAGAAACAAGAUUGUUGAGUGAUACUGCUUUGUUUGAUUGUAAUGUGGGGGUUAAAGGGUCUUUUGGGUUGUUUAGUUUUGUGGGUUUGCGAAAAGAUUUGAUUUUUAGGCCUAGGGGGUUUUGUAGUCUUGAGGGUUAUGAGGAUCCUAGUGAUUCUGAGGAGGAGUGUGAGAGUGAAAAGGUGGAAAAGUCGGAAGCGGAUUUACGAGAGGUGGAGAGGGUGUGUAAGGUGAUUGAGGAGUUGUUUGCGUUGGAUAGGAAUAUGGAGGCGGUUUUGGAUGAAUGUGGGAUUACGUUGAGUCAUGGAUUGGUUGUCGAUGUGUUGGAGAGGUUUAAACAUGCUAGGAAACCGGCGUUUAGGUUUUUCUGUUGGGCGGGGAAUCAGGAGGGUUAUGUUCAUGAUUCGAGGACUUAUAAUAUGAUGAUGAGGAUAUUAGGAAAGACUAGACAGUUUGAGACUAUGGUGAGUUUGCUUGAAGAAAUGGGAGAGAAGGGGGUUUUGAAUAUGGAGACGUUUCAAAUUGCGAUUCAAGCUUUUGCGGCUUCACAAGAAAGGAGGAAGGCUGUUGCGAUGUUUGAGUUGAUGAAGAAGUAUAAGUUUAAAGUUGACGUGGAUACUAUUAAUUGUUUGCUUGAUGCUCUUGGGAGAGCAAAGCUUGGGAAAGAAGCUCAACUUUUGUUUGGUAAGUUGGAGGAGAGGUUUACCCCUAAUUUACACACUUAUACAGUGUUGCUUAAUGGGUGGUGUAAAGUGAAGAAUAUAAUGGAGGCAGGGAGGGUGUGGAAUGAGAUGGUUGACAAGGGUAUUAAACCUGAUGUUGUUGCUCAUAAUACGAUGCUUGAAGGUUUAUUAAGGGAUAAAAAAGUGUCUGAUGCUAUUAAGCUUUUCGGGGUAAUGAAGACAAAAGGCCCUGCACCUAAUGUUCGUAGCUACACGAUUAUGAUCAGGGAUUUAUGCAAGCAAAAAAAGAUGGAUCGAGCUGUUGAGUACUUUGAGGAAAUGCUUGAUCAUGGUUGUGAGCCAGAUGCUGCAGUUUACACAUGUUUAAUCACCGGAUUUGGCAAUAUGAAGAAGAUGGAUAAAGUAUUUGGAUUGCUGAAGGAGAUGAAGGAAAAAGGCUGUCCACCAGAUGGGCAGAUGUAUAAUGCUUUAAUAAAACUGAUGACAAAUCGCAAAAUGCCAGAUGACGCCGUCAGAAUUUACAAGAAGAUGGUUCAGAGCGGCAUUCAACCUACUAUCCACACUUAUAACAUGAUGAUGAAGUCGUUUUUCCAAACAAGAAAUUUUGACAUGGGUUUUGCAGCUUGGGAAGAAAUGAACCAGAAGGGGUGUUGCCCUGAUGAUAAUUCUUAUAUUGUUCUAAUUGGUGGGCUUAUAAGGCAGGGAAGAUCUGUCGAGGCUUGUAAAUAUUUGGAGGAAAUGAUAGAAAAGGGUAUGAAAGCUCCCCAAAUUGAUUACAACAAAUUUGCUGCCGAUUUUUCUAGAUCUGGGAAACCCCAUAUUUUGGAGGAAUUGGCUCAAAAGAUGAGGUUCUCAGGUAAGUUGGAAGUUUCCGAUUUCUUCUCAAGAUGUGCAGAGAUGAAUAAGGGAGGGAUUAAGAGUAGGGUGUUUUGAAAAGUUACAACUGAAUUUUCGGGUAGGGAAAUGAAUUUAGUCUUUAGGAUGCAGAUUAACAAAUGGACUAAAAGUUUCUCUUCCUAAAAAAAAUUGUGAGCUAAGAGGCGUGAGCACUGGUGCAUUUUCUAGAUAGAGUAUUAUCCUAGUGCCAAAUACAUGCCUCAAUUAGAUCAAUUGGUUUGUUUAAUCAUGUGUGAUAAAUCUGCUUUUAUUGCCGCUAGAACAAAUAUGCCGAUGCCUGCCUUGUACCUGAUGCAUAUCCCUGUUCCAAGAUUGGUAUUUAGUGCAGCUUUUAUGUGUAACUGCAUGUGGAAUCGUAGGUUGUUUUGAAAUACACAGCUCUUUUAUCUAAUUUGUUUUUAAGCAUAUCUUCUGUAAAUUAGUAACCCUUCUUUUGGUGUUGCUCUC